AUGAAGAAGAAAAACAAUUUUUAGCGAUAGAGUAGACAAAUUUUAGAAAGAGAAAGCAGUUCUUCAUAAUUAUUUAAAGAUAUUUACUGGAUUCAUAGAACUGAAGAUUCAUCAAUCAUUUUAAGCUAUUUGGAAAGAAAUCAUGAAAAGAUUUUAAAGGAAUAACAUAAAAGCUAUGAGAGAUAAUAGAAGAUGCAGUUAAAUCAUAUUCGUAUUUCCCUGAAGUAUAAUAGAUUAAUACAGGCGAUUCCAAAACUUGUUAAAUGA